AUGGCAAUUCAUGGAAAGUCAAAACAAAAUCAAACCAACAGGAGUCAGGCAAAGGAUGAUCAGUCUUCUACAGAUUCUAGGAAUGGAAGAACCAUCAUUGUGUCACAGCAAUACAGUAUGAAAAGCUUACAUGGGGAAGGGCCAGCGGUGUUGCCCACUCCAUCAGAGUCCCCGCCGUCCUCGGAAGCAGCCCAGCAGCAGACAGCAACCGUGAGUAACUGCAAGGCUGUGAUCAAGAAUGCAGGUAUGUCUGAGGAGAUGCAGCAGGACUCGGUGGAGUGUGACACCCAGGCCUUGGAGAAAUACACCAUCGAGAAGAAUAUCUCUGCCCACAUAAAGAAAGAGUUUGACUAGAAGCGCAACCCUACUUGGCACUGCAUUGUGGGAAGAAAUUUUGGCAGCUAUGGGACUCAUGAGACCAAACACUUCAUCUACUUCUGCCUGGGUCAAGUUACCACCCUCCUGUUCAAGUCUGGUUAGAUAAUUGGACUGUUUCACCCAAAGAUGCAUUUGGUGAUGGGACGAACACACUAACACCAAAUAGACAUCUUCAGCCUUCCCCAGAGCACACACUUUGGUUCUUGAAGUCUUUUGUUUAAUGGACAGGUAUUUCUCUGUACUGAUUUGUUUUGUUGUGGCCAUAAAAAUAGCAAAAAAGGUAAAUUCAAAACCGGCAAAGAGCUUGGAAUGGAUUGUACAUGUUUUCACAAAGGGAUUUGAGGCAGGGCAGGGUUGUAAUAAUGGGACAAGAAAUGAUACCCAUCCUUGUUCUAGAUACUGAAACACCAUAAUUGAAAGUAUUGAUACAGACAUUAUCUUCAUUUACCUUGAAGAGCUGGAAUUUGAGGGCAUGGAGGUAUCAACAAGUGGGAAAUAAGUGGCAAGGAGGAGAGGAAUUGAAACAUAUUAGAAAAAUCUGGUGGCGGGGAGAGAAAGCAGAAGGUAAAAGAAGCAAGCAGAUAUUCCAUGUGGAAAUGGAUGAAGGUGUUCUUGGGAAAGGAUAUCAACACAGUGCAGCCCAAGUAAAGGAAAAGAAACAUUGAAUAAGAAAGCAAGCCAAGGGCAAUCAGAACGAAAGGGCAAAGAGUGAGAGAAUCAAUUGCCAUAGGAAGAGCCUCACUAGAAAAGAGGAGGAAGUAAAAGGGAGCAAUAACUGAGAAGAAAAAGGGUCAGGAUCAAUCAGAUCAAAACACACCGAGCAGCCAGCAAAACAUUUAAAAGCCCAGAGAAAAACAGAGCCUUCUACUUCUCAUUUGGCUUCGACACUCAGCGCUAGAAACAUCCCCAACAGCAACAGCCACAUUCAUUCUCUUACAUCUCUUAGUGUUCCAAAGAUCUGGUAUAGCUUUUCUAUUGUUUUUUUUUUCUAAGCUGAUUCUACUUGUCUAUUUCUACUUUGAGUUACCAUUCUUUACCUAGUUCAAAGACAUGCAUGUCUGGCAGAUCUGGGGACCAAUGUCUCAGCACUCACUAUGGAUUACACCAACGUGAAAUGAACAGUAUUGAUUUUGAUGUUUUUUUUAAUUAUUGUUAUUGGGGGCCAGUAAAUAGGAAGGACUGCAACCUCACACACAUAAUAUUACAGCUUCAUUCUCAAGGCUAUGACCAAAAAUGCCAUCAAAAUAAGCUUCAGUUAGAAGUGGUGGUGAUAGGUCUAAGAGAUGAGAACAGAAUCUGAUCUGAGACACCCAUAUACCUAAACUCACAAGAGCAGCACACAACAUGCAAACUCAGGUAUGUGUUAUCAGGAACUCAGUUUUAGCAAAUUUCUCCCAGCGACUGACAUAGAAUCAUACAAUUUGGAAGAGAACACAAGAGCCAAAGAGCCCAUCACUCUGCCUUGCAGAAUCAAAGCACUCCCAACAGAUAACCAUCCAAUCUCUAGAGAAGGCCAAACUCCAUUUAUCUUCCAUAGGAUAUCUGAACCAUCCCUGUGUUUAUCUGUGGCCCCUUCCACACAGCUGAAUAUAAUCCCACAUUUUCUGCUUUGAACUGAAAUAUAUGGCAGUGUGGACUCAGAUAACCCAGUUCAAAGCAGAUAUUGUGGCGUUUUUUGCCUUGAUAUUGUGGGUUAUAUGACUGUGUGGAAGGGCCCUGGGGCCUCUUCUACACAACUGUAUAAAAGCCAGAUUAUCACUCCCAACAGAUAACCAUCCAAUCUCUAGAGAAGGCCAAACUCCUUUUAUCUUCCAUAGGAUAUCUAAACCAUCUCUGUGUUUAUCUGUGGCCCCUUCCACAUAGCUGAAUAAAAUCCCACAUUAUCUGCUUUGAACUGGAUUAUCUGACAGUGUAGACUCAAAUAAUCCAGUUCAGAUAAUGUGGAUUA